GGAGGGAGUCCUAGGGACCAAGAGGAGGAGGAUGAAAACCUCGCUCCCUGCCCUCCCUCCCAUCAGUUGUGUGAGUGUGGAAUGCAUGACGGUUAUGGGGCGUCCGUCUUCCCCUGUCUCCUCGUCCUUCUGGCCAUAUCUUCAAUAGGUGGACAGAAUGGAUGGAAGAAUGGAGAGAGGAGACAAGGGCAUAGGGAAGUGAGACCAGAGCCCUCGCAAUAUGCAGGUGCAGGGGACGUUCCUGAGGAAUGAGUGUUCUCGUCGAUGAAGAGCCCCCGCCUGCCAAUCGCAGCACUUACAACCUCACUGACAUCGACUUGGAGAACUUCAACAACUCUGCGAAGGACUCGGAAAUGCCUCAGCCAACUGUUAUCAUGAUCUAUCCCGAAGGAAAACGAUACGAAGCUGUCGGGGAGACAUCUCCAUUCCAUGCAUUCAAGGACAGAUCUCGAUAUACAGAACAUGCUGUCGUUAGAGACUCGCAGAUUGUGGAAGGGAAAUUGCCUGAUUGUGAUGUCUACCAGGGAUCUGCCUUUGCAGAGGCAUCAACUCGAAUCCACUUGGAAGUUAAACGUGGAAUCCGUGGUCGUGCCUAUUCUCACCUCAAUGUUCGCCUUCCCAAUUCUGGCAUUCGCCAUCAUCUGUGCUCUGAGGAAUCGAGCCAGGAAAGCCAGAGCCCAUUCUCAACAAAAGAAGAGGCCACAUCAUCCACAUCACCUCACGCCGCACAGAAUGCCAAUCAUGUACGCUUCGAAGCCCCCGUGGAGGUGCAUAAUACUCCUACCCCGACCCACCCACAAACACUUGAGGCUCAGGGUGAAAUGGAACGGACGAGUAGGCCCAUUACUAUUGUGGUGAGCUUCAUGGAAGAAUCCCCGACGGAUAUCAAGGCCAAUGGUGACCCCGUCUUGACUCGCGCUUCCGAGUCCUCCCUCGGCUGUGAUCAUACUUCGACAGCGGACGAAGACGAAGAGGAAGAAGAAGACGAAGAAGAGGAAGAAGCGGAGCGAAAAGAACUUCUUGGACUGACCCGGUUAUCGAGGUCGUCAAGGGAACCCGAAACCAUGUUGGACAUGUACUCCAUGAGCGAGAUCAAAGUGUUAGAAGUCUGCAUCCCCGAAGAGGACGAGGACCCAAUAUCCUUGGAAGAGACUUGUUUGAACGAAGCCCUUCGGAGCUGUGAUCACAACGAGGACACAAUGUGCCAGGCUGGAUCUGGAUCCAACAACGAUCGUACCUCGACAGAGAAGCCAGACAUCCGACUUUCCACUCCCAGGAUGGACCUCUUGCAAACGAUCUGA